AUGGUCGCACUUAAAGCGGUAUCCUUAGCUCUGGCUGCCAUCUCGUACAUCGUGCUAAUAUUGACAAUGAUGUGCAAACGAAACCCGCAGAUAGGAUUCAUUGUGACAAUAUUGGGUUGGUUAACCGCAGGGGUAUUAUUAUUCAUCCUCAUAGGUGUCACUCUCCGGCGACAUCCAACAGUGCAACCACGAGAGUCAUUGAAGUAUACACAGGGCUACUUCUACGGUAUUAUAGCUGCAAGUUUGUAUAUUUUCAUUGCAGUUUUACUAUCAGCUUAUACUGCCACUUUGCGCUUGGUUUCCUUAAGCCGUCAGGACAGGCGAACGGUCGAAUAUACUAGCAUCAUCCUGCGAACUAUCACUUUUAUAGCCGUUCUUACAGGUGGUGCAGGUGUGUACAGCGCUAUUGAGGGUUGGUCUUUUAUGGACGCAUUGUACUUUACCGACUACACCGUUCUCACUAUUGGAAUCGGGAAUAUUGUCCCCAAGACACAUCUCGGAAGAAGUCUGCUAUUCCCGUACGCUACUGUCGGGAUUAUAACGUUGGGUCUCGUUGUGAACUCUAUAAGAUCAUUCGGGAAGAGUAUCAGACGUAUGAAACUAAGACUGGAGCUCCAAGAAGCGCGCAGCGAGCUUCUGAAAGGAAAGAACUCAACAAGGCCGGUUCAUGACGAAAACAGGGACAGUAUAACAUUAUCCAGCAUACUAUCCACGGCCACGCUGCCUCAAACGAGUGACGUGGCGGAGCUUCAGCGCAUCCGAUCUGAUUUCAACCGAAGAGUCCAAGUGCAGGCCCUUCUCUUUUUCAUCUUGGCAUGGUUUGUCCUGUGGCUUCUCAGUGCCGCGGUAUUUCGUCGAUCGGAACGAAGCGAGGGCUGGACGUACUUCAUAGCUCUUUACUUUACAUACACUUCAUUAACAACCAUUGGCUAUGGAGACUUCUACCCUACCAGCAACUUUGGCAAGGUUUUCUUCGUCUUCUGGUCGCUGCUUGCUAUCCCCGUUCUGACCAAUCUCGUCACUGCCAUGGGCGACAUAGGUGUGCGAACGGCUGUUUACUUUGCUGGGUAUAUCUUGACGUUAGGCAAAUCAAGAAUCAAGAGGCGUAGUGAAAAGAGUGGGUCAGAUCCGGAAUCGCGAAGCAAUUGUAGGGAUAUCGAAAAACAUGCUGAAUUGUCGUCAAAGUUGAGCAAGCGGUCGAUGGACCUGAGUACAAUACCAACAACGACCACUUUUGCGGCUAACGACCUUCAAUUGUCCCAGUCGGUGAAUGAACCUGGACAGUACGUGCUUCUACUAGCUGAAGAAAUCAGCAAGCUCGUAACAGCGCUUAUGGAUGGUGCCAGUGAGCAGGACCCUCGUCGCGAUUGGCCGUGGGUCCUCUCCCUACUCAAUUCACACAAUGGCGAGGCGAGUGGUUCAGUCGUACCCGUUUAUCCUGGGAUUAUGAAUCAUAGCACACUGCACGCCAGUGACGGCUUGAUCAGCGAGGAAAAAGCUGCGAUGGAAAGGAACAAUGAAACUUUGUUGAUGAUCAAGUUGUUGACAGAGAAGCUCUGUGCGGACUUGAGGAAGACUGAAGCGAAUGCACCUUAG